AAACAAAGCGGAUUGCUAGCGAGCUAACAGUUAACGUUACCCCAGUAGUAUCUGUGCAGACAGGGGCAUAAAAUUAAGAGUGCGAUUAGGGGAUGUUUUAAAAACCGUGCGCACAGUCAGGGUUUAAUUAAAGGUUUCUUUCUGCAUUAUGUGCAAUUUUAUAGUUUUAAUGCAUCGUAUGUAAUAGCUAACUGGUUAGCCCUCAGUGAGACAGCUUUGAUUCGGGGGAGCAAAAUGAAACUAAACUAUAAUGGUCCGCGUUGUAAGUGAUAGUUCAAUAAUUAAGCGACGUGACGUUAUCUUAGCUGACCAGCUUUGUUUUAUUUUGACGUUAUUAUCAUGUAAUAACCAAACAAAAUGAAUGUACACAUCUUUACGAGUCACUCAGAUAGUCAAAUAAUAGCGUGUUAGUAGAUAACGGGUUGAUUAAACAUAAAAAGAGGAGGCGUUAAGUGCUAACGUUAGUAAUCAGCUAACUUAAAACGACUGUCAUGAAAAAAUAAACCCCAGUGAAAGCAUUUAGGGGGGAAAUGUUCAAUCUGAUGGCGAACUGUUGCAACUGGUUGAAACGAUGGAGAGAACCUGCAAGGAAGGUGACAUUAGUAAUGGUGGGAUUGGACAAUGCUGGAAAAACGGCGACAGUCAGAGGAAUCCAGGGAGAAAGCCCUUUAGAUGUAGCACCUACAGUGGGCUUUUCAAAGGUGGACCUGAAGCAGGGAAAGUUUGAGGUCACAAUCUUUGACCUGGGUGGCGGGAAGCGUAUUCGUGGCAUUUGGAAAAACUACUACUCUGAAUCUUAUGGAGUGGUGUUUGUUGUGGACUCCAGUGAUGUCCAGAGAAUCCAGGAGACCAGAGACACCAUGGCUGAGGUUCUCCGGCAUCCUCGUAUUGCAGGCAAACCUGUCUUAGUACUGGCUAAUAAACAGGACCAAGAUGGGGCAAUGGCUGAAGCAGAUAUCAUUGAGACCCUGUCAUUGGAGAAGCUAGUCAACGAAAAUAAAUGCCUUUGCCAGAUUGAGCCCUGUUCAGCUGUCUUGGGUUAUGGUAAGAAGGUUGACAAAUCCAUCAAAAAUGGCCUUAACUGGCUCCUAAAUAACAUUGCCAAGGACUAUGAGGCAAUUUCAGAACGUGUGCAAAAAGAUACAGCCGAACAGAAGGCUCAGGAAGAACAAGACAAGAAAGAAAGAGCAGAGAGAGUUCGGCGGAUCAGAGAAGAGAGAGACCGACAGGAACGGGAGGAAGCAGAGCGAGAAGGAAGGACAUUAAAAGAGGAAGAGCUAGAUGAUGUCAACAUGUUCAACCCCUUUCAACCAAUAAACAAUGUUUUGACUGAGAACCAAGACAGACUAAACAGAGAAAAAGAGAUGCAAAGACAGAGGGAAAAUGGCCAGCAGGGCAGUGUGCAAGAACAGAUAGCACUUCAAGAUGAGGAGGAAGAAGAGGAAGAUGAAGAGAGUGAGAGACAGACUCCAGAAAGCACAGAAUCAGGAGCAGUGGACCAGACCAAAAAGAAAACUAGGAAACUACGGUUGAAACGCAAACACAGAGUCGACCCUCUUAGGAUGGAAGAAGCAGCACCCAAAAGCCCCACGCCUCCUCCUCUGCCAGUUGGAUGGGCAACUCCUAAAGUUUCUAGGCUCCCCAAACUUGAGCCUCUUGGAGAUACAAGGCAUUCUGAUUUCUAUGGCAAACCUCUCCCACCUGUAGCAAUUCGGCAGAGGCCGAACAGCGAUACUCAUGAUGUCAUUUCCUAACACUACCUCUACUUCCCCAACCCCCCCUUCACUGGUUUACAGUUCUUAAGGUUCCCUGCCAAUCAAAGUAUUGUUUUGUUCUUAUCUUCAAGCACGGGCAGUGUAGCAAGCUACGCAGAUGUAAUUGCCCAUAAGAGAGGAACUGAUACCCAAUCUGCAUUCCCAGAUGGAUCACAAGAACUCCAGCAACCAGUGACUGAUAGUCAGCAGAUGGACAUGGACAUUCACUUCAUGACAUGUUCAGAAAACAUAGAAUGGUUCAAUAUUUAGGAUUUUGUUGAGCUGUUUGUUUUAUCCAAAUACUUUAAAUCAGUAUUAACAGACUUUUGAAAUUAAGUAUGUUUUUAAUGCGUUGCAAAAAUGCAUUACAGACCUAUUUUUUAAGAUAACUGAAAAAUAUGUACAUACAAAAAGUUUAAAUUUGUGUACUUGAAAUUGUUCUUCUGGUCCACAUGCAUACCUUAUUAUUCUGCGCAUGUAAUGUGCAAUCGAUUGUGACACAGUUUGCCUUUAAAUGAUCAGAAAUGUUUCUUUUUUCUCUCUCAGCAUAUAGUUUCAUACACUGUGCUGUCGUAAUUUUGAGAAUGACAUUCAUACUAUCUAGUAGCACCAGCAACAGAUACCGAGAUCUUGAUAAAGUGAACUUUUUGCAUGAGAUGUGAAACAUUUUUCUACAAGCUCGUUAUUGAGUUUUAUUGUCACAUUUGGUACAUCAUGCUGUAUCAGGGAGGAAAUGGUCAUUGAACGAUAAUUUCAUCAAUUACUGAUUUAAAUAUAUUCCACUGUAGUUGUAACACGGCUCAACCUGUAUUACGUAUACUGUUGGACGCUGCUUUCAGAUUGAUUUUAUGCUGUUACAGUUUUUUUUUUAAUUGUUUCAGUUUGUUGAUGUUUUGUAUUAUACACCACACACUAAUGUUUAGUUGAUGAAAAUUCUGAUGUCAUCCAUUUUGCUCUGCUUUAAGUACUUGCGCCUUUUGUACUCGGUUUACAUUUAAUCUAACUGUCAAAUAAAUAAAUAAAAGAUAUUUUUACUCUGC